AUGACGCAAGGAAAGAAUAAACUGUGGUUGAGUCUGAUGCUCUUUCUCUUCUCCUUUCCUUCCAACGAGGCUCAGACAGUGGACAUGCCUCCAAGUGCCACCGCUACCCAGGUACCGAUCCUCUUCCUUCAGGAGUCCGGCAUUCCUUCUUCAGAGAGCUUUGCCCACUUGGUGACGCCCUUCCCGAAACUCUUCAGCUUCAGCGUGUGUUACCGCCUCCGUCUGGCAAGGUUUCGUGAGGAGUCAACACUCAUGUCGUACGCGCUGUCAGAUGAUCUUGAUAACGUAAUACGAAUGGACCAUCGUAUGACGGGGUACAAGGUCUCGCUACACAGCAAGUGGGCACUAACCAAGCUCACGACGCCGCUGCGCUCUUGGGCCCACUUCUGCUUCACCUACGACCUCGGAACGGGCGAGUGGCGCAUCUACCUCAACGGGGAGCGCCGACAGGAACAGGACAGUCUCGCCGGGGGCUUCCACCGCGACCAAAGUUUCAGCGGAGAGAUCACCGAACUCAACUUCUGGGGACGUGUUCUCGACGACAAGACCAUCACGCAGAUCUGGUUCUUCCUUGAGCUUGGUUUUCUAGAUCUGAUGCUCACUUAA